AUGAAUGGCGGUGUAAAAGCCUCCUGCGCCCCCUCCGUCUCCUCCACCUCCUCCACCUCCUCCGCCUCCUCCGCCUCCUCCACCUCCUCCACCUCCUCCGCUCCUCCGCCUCCUCCUCCCCCCUCCUCCACCUCCUCCACCUCCUCCGCCUCCUCCCCUCCUCCUCCACCUCCUCCACCUCCUCCACCUCCUCCAUCCUCCUCCGCCUCCUCCGCCUCCUCCACCUCCUCCACCCUCCGCCUCCCCCUCCUCCCCUCCUCCACCUCCUCCCUCCUCCGCCUCCUCCCCUCCUCCACCUCCUCCCUCCUCCUCCCGCCUCCUCCGCCUCCUCCACCUCCUCCCCUCCUCGCCCUCCUCCCCUCCUCCCCUCCUCCUCCACCUCCUCCACCUCCUCCACCUCCUCCACCUCCUCCCCUCCUCCGCUCCUCCGCCUCCUCCACCUCCUCCACCUCCUCCGCCUCCUCCGCCUCCUCCACCUCCUCCACCUCCUCCGCCUCCUCCGCCUCCUCCCCUCCUCCACCUCCUCCACCUCCUCCACCUCCUCCACCUCCUCCGCCUCCUCCACCUCCUCCGCCUCCUCCGCCUCUGUUUUCCUUUCACCUCCUCCACAAAUGCAUAGGCUCUGAUCAUUCAAUCACAACAUUCCACUUCCCAAAAGCACACUUCAGACAGUGA